UUCCGGUCUCGCAGGUCCAAUCUGAGCAGCUCGUGUCGAGGCUUCGAGAGGGCCAUCAUUACGCAGGCCAACACGCCCGUGGGAACCAAGAUUCAAUACGAUGGCGAAAAGCGCAGGAUCCUACAGGUGACGCCGGACAUGUUUAAAACCUUCAUCAAGGAGCAUCCGUUCGGCAACAGGUCGUUCGACACGUGCGCCGUGGUUGGCAACGGAGGCAUCCUGAUGGACAGCGGCUGCGGGAAAACCAUCGACUCUGCUCAGUACGUGAUAAGGUGCAAUCUACCGCCUUUGGGCGAUGAGUACAGCAAACACGUAGGCGUCAGGACGGACCUCGUCACGUCCAACCCCAGCAUCCUCAAAGAAAAGUAAGCAUGCCAACCAAUCUUAUAAC